AUGGCAGCGCCAGACUUAGAUCCUAGAUCUUCGGCCUUAGAUGAGCUCCACGCAUUACUAAAGAGCGAUAAAAUCAGUAAACGAAAGGAGGGCAUCAAAGAGCUUAAAAACCAUCUCGGUUCGAGAGAUUUUCUGCAAUAUCUGGACAGACGCACGAAUGACUUUACAGCUCAGUCUGAAGACGUGAGUUUGCGACACACUUGGUCAGGUAUCGUGAGCUCCGUUGUGUCAUAUGUGAAUGCAGAAAUUGAAUCACACAGAAGCAAGAGUAAAGCGUGCGAUAAAAAUAUAACUUCUAUAUUGAGGGAAGUUGUCAAGACGGUAGAAGAAAGGAAGAAAGUUGCGGGUGUACAGUUGCCGCUUUUGAAGCGCGCGAAGAAAAUUUUCGAGCACGUAGUAGAUGUCUUGGAGGAAGCGGGAGCAGAAUUCGCAACAGAUUAUUCGCAUUUACUUCGAACGCAUCUCUUAAUUGUUCCAGAGUACUGCACAAAAUUGCAAGCAGAUGUGUUCGAAGGAUUGUGUGAAUUUUUUGUACAGCAAAUCGAACGGAAGCGCAAUGACGAGGAAGAAGGCGAUGAGUCGAUGGGUUCGGACGAUCUAGACGCUAGUGCCAUCAGUAAAGAUGGGAUGUAUAAGUCCGCGUCGACUCUGAAUCAGCUCUUAAAGUCUUAUCCUUCCGAUAUUGCUUCACAAUACGCUUUGAGAUUACUCAAGUUCUUUGCAACGAGUUUGAAAACAUUGAAAGAAGAUACGAAACUUCCUGCAAGUUUGAUGCUCGGUUUGAAUCUAGUUCUGGCGAGAAACGGAAUCGAUUGUCAGUCGAACUCAAAAGAAAUCCACGACGAUGUUGCGCAUUUCUUACUUUGGGCUUUCAAAACCAAAAAUGCGAGAGAUAAAAAAUUGCGUGAUCACCUAGUAACCUACUCACGCAUUCAACUAAAAUUAGGAGGUCUGGAGGAUGAAAAAGCACUUCGAGAAUUGGCCGUGACGUUAGAAAAGGAAAUUGAAAGUUCAUAUUUGCAAUUGCAACAAAGCAAUGCUACUUCAUAUGAACGCGGUGGUGAUUAUGAUAAUGAGUAUCGCGUAAAGGCCGCCCAAUGGUCAAUGUGUGAAUUACUCGCCGACGUUCUCGCCGCGCACUCAAGAUUGCACAAGAAUGUUCUGAUUGAUCUAGACGAUAAUACUACCAUCAGCCACGAUUCAAAACGAGCAAAGACUAUGAGUAAUUACCCUAAUUCGGUGAGUAUUUCAACUUUGAUUAGUAGAAUUUGCGGAGAACAUUCCAAAGAAUGGGGCCCAGUAGUUUGCGCCUUCCUCUGCAACAGCGGGAUAGAUGAACGCAUUUUCCCAGAUAGUACUCUUCGAAAUUGGGCCAGUUUGCUAAACCAAAAAUUGCGAACAAUCUACGCAGUAAGUGGCACUGAUGCGCAUGCACGUGGUCAUAUUUUGUGGCUUACAAGAGCUUUGGAACAGCUCGCAAUCGUCAUAAGAUUCCGCAACGAAGACAACUCAAAGACUCUUUCAAUAUCAACGACAGAUAAGGUGCUAUGGACAGAAGCUCGAGAUUUUGCAUGCAAAUGGCUUCCUGCAUUGGCAACGGAUAAUGCGAUUUCAAGUGCAUCCUUGCGCUUAAUAUCCGCAAUGACAGUCGCAGAUCUCGUUGCAGCUCCCGUAUCUUCUGAGUUCUGGAAACUUUAUCCUUUCGAUAUGGAACAGCCGCCAACGAUAGCCGCUUUAGAAACAAUUGCGAGUAUGAAUCCAGAGCAUUCUUUCGUUCUUUUUGGUAAAUUUAGCAGUGAUAGAAAUUCGACUACGAAUGUCGCAAAUAGAUUCCGAUGGAUACUUAGUUUGCUGGAUUCAUCGCCUCGAGAUAAGCUAAUCUUUUAUAGAAAGAGAAAUCCUUUUAUUGAGAAAGAGUUGAUGUUGAAAAAAUUGGAGACGAUUGUUCGGACAAUUCGCACCGUGACGAGUAUGGGAUCAAAAGUUGAUACUAUCGACACAAAAGAUUGGAUUGACGGUGCAGACGAAGAACAAGUUCAAGUUCAAAGAGAAAUCAGAGAUCUCGCCUUUGUUUCGAAUCUUUUCUCACGAUUCAAACAAACCAUGGCUGAGGAGGCAGAUUGCUCAACAACCAAUAAUAGUAACGAAACGAUUUCUGCCUUGACUUUGAAACCAAAAGCAUCCGAAAUACCUUCUACUAUUGCUACUACGGUGAUGUGCGAUGCGCUAGUCACGGUUUUCCGAAAUGGACUAGAAGACACCGAUCUUUCAUCCGAGGAAGCGUUCCAAUUGGCGUCUGUUGCUUUAGAAAUAAAUGCUUUGUAUCUUUGCGACGCUCAGAAAGUCACGCCUGGAGAGAAACAGUGGAGAGAAAGUAGUCAGUCGGUAAUUUCAGCCGUUUCGAACGCUAUUUCUAGACAUGCAAGCGCUCUGAAAGACUCUGCUAUGGCUUUGUCUUCGUCCGAAAAGACCAGUAGUUGUUGUUCAGUAUUAGACAGGCUUCCUUCACUUUUCAAUGCAAUUGCAAAUAUUCAGAAAAUUGAGCCAAAACUUGUAGGUGAGAAUUCCCGGCUGAGUCAAUCUAUACAAGAUUUGGGCAUAUCCAUAACCGAAUCUGUGCGUGUAUCCGUUGAUAGAGUGAAAACAACUUGGGAACAAUCAUCAAAGCGAGUGAAAAGCGAUCGCGAUGUGCCAAACGAGUCUUUUGGGAGACAGCGAGGGCUAUCUCAAUCGCAGCGAGCGGCUACUGGACAAAACAAAAGCACCCAAGAAUUGUUUGAUGACGAAUUAGACGAGGGUCUUCCUCGAGGAACGAUUAAUCAAACGGGAGGUUCGACUCAGUCGUAUAAUAAUACCACGUCGAAUGUAUUUUCUCAACGUGCAGAAAGUACAAUUUCUUCGUUCGAAAGAAUGGUCGUUGCUGGAGUGAACGCUUUGCGCGCGUACAGUAAAAUAGACGCUAAUGCUGCGGCAGAGAAGCUCACUUCAAUACUUCAAUUAGCUGUACCCCCGAGUGACGUCAUACCUCGAGGAGUAACUGGUGUUGGUAUACCAGCGGAGUGUACUCUUGAAGUCAUAUGUGAGUUGAUAGGGCCUGAUGUGCCCUUUGCUAUCGAGAUAACCAUAGAAGCUCUUGAGGCUUUACAAAGACUUGCUGAAAACUCAAAAACUAGUGCAGGGAUGCCUAUAUCGGCACGGAAAUGGAUCCUUGAACGUAUUGAAACCUUUGUUAAUCAUUUUUCGCGCUCGAAACGCCUUCACGAUCAGAAAUCAUCAGGCGCUGCCGAAUCUUUGGGUUCUGAAUACUUUCCAAGGAUUAUUGAAUUGGUUCAAAAAAUCAUUGGAAUUGAUCCAAAUAAGAUGAAAGAUGAAAGUAUCUGCGAUCUUAUCGAACUAGCUCAGGCAGAUUGCCGGGUACAAUUGGCCUCUACAAUCGAAUCAUUACACAGACUCUCGGUUGACGCGUUUCAGCCUGCAUUUGGAGAUGUUUUAUGCGUGCUUGUGGAAGACGAUUCAUUCAAAGUUCGGUGCUCAGCUGGAUUUGCGUUAGCGGCUACGCUCGCACAGUAUGACAACGCAGAUGUUUUGGAUAUCUUCAGGGAACGCAUAUUGCCACAGUUUCGAGUUGCUUGCCCAGCUCCGGGCUCUUCAGAAAAGAUAGAAGCAGGUCCUUAUCUCGAAAAACCUGCUGAAGGGACGACUCCAGAAAUUGAAGCAAGUGCACUAUAUGCUAUAGCGGCAAUGGGUAUUGCAAGUGAUGUGAUCGAGCCAUGGAGCGUGUUCAUGAUUUGCGCGCAUGCUGCCGUGCGAGAUGUAAGGCAACGCGCAGUUUCCGUCCGUGCAAUCGAUGAAUUAAUGGAAUACAGCGGAGCCGCAAAUAGGAAAUCGUAUAUACGAAGGCACUCUCGUUCUAUUAGUUACUUAUGGGUGAUGGCAUCUUUACCACUAGAUAAACUGUUUGACAAUCCGGAUCUGUUUGCAAUUGACUUCAGAAAAGGUGGCUUAACGACGUUUCUUCCCGGUUCGAGUCAAAUGUCUCCUGAGACGGAAUCAUCGAUGCGAGAAAUUGCACAUCUUUGGGCAAAUAUGCUUUUGCCAGCGUUGAUACUGAAAUGUGACGCGGAUGGUGUGACUAAAGUUGCCAAAGGUUGCGGUUACUCUGAUGAUGGAGCAUAUUUGAUUAAACAGCAUUUUUCUGCAAUUAUGGCUCGAAUUCAUCCAGGAGCUUAUUCAAAUCCUCCGGAGAAACGGUGCGUCAAGGCAUUUAAAUCCGAAGCUUUGUUGCGAGGCUUCGAUUAUCAGGAAGAAAAAAUGCUAUCGGAAAUGUCAGACAGACUCGGGGACAUAGUGAAAGAGAUGUUAGAUACUGUAGAUGAACCAACUAGUGAUGAAGCUGGAGUAGGAAACGUUGCGCCAGGUUAUGUGCACCCAUCUGAUGUAAUUGAAGCUAUCAAAAGGAUAGCAUCUCAAGCUGGGAAAGAAUGGGACAUCUGGGGUAACGAUCGACCCCUACGAUGUCUCGCACAUCUGCACUACUCCCUUGACCAAGCCCCAAGUUCGCGACUUCGAAAGCAAACUUUUGCAGGUAUUAAGACAUUAAUACAAGCGCUUUCGACGAGUGUUACUUCUCCUCCUACGAUGAGAUACUUCAUACACGUUUUGAUGCCGUAUGUUGAGGAUGAAGUAUUAGGUGUUGAAUGCGUUGAAUUGUUGAAGAUCAUUUUGGUUGACGUUCUACAAAGUCCAGAAGUUCAGUGCCUAGCGAAGGCAGGAGCUGAGAAAGAUGUAGAGCAACGCGCAAGAUUGUCAAAUGUUACAUUUCUAGAACAGCUCCAGCCGCUCAUGUGUACCUUAUUGAACGCAACGAGAAACAAGAAAGCGAGUGCGGCGGUGUCGGCGGCACUUGUUGCAGAUCUCCUUGACUUUUGCUUUGUAGACAAAAAGCCCCGAGCAGAUCGAUUUCCAUCAGAUAAGAAAUGUGCGUAUAACGUAUUGCAAGCUAUGGAAUAUGUUUCUCCAAUAUCGAGUGAGGAACUGAAAAAGAACCCGCUUCUGAAGCGUGCUUCUGAACUUUUGCCAGAAACCGAGUCUCGUAAACCAGAUUCAAACGGAUUGAAAUAUUAUUUGGCGUUCUUGAUACACUCAUCAAAUGGCUUACCUCCCGUAGCUCGCACGCAAACACUACUCAGUGGAGGUCGAGCAAUAAUCAACGAUCCAGAGCUCGUUGUGAAUGUCCAGAAGGUACAAAUAGCUGAGCAGGGAGAGCAGGUAAAUACAAUACGGGACGAAUUACGACGUGACAUGAAGUUUAACCAAGCUGAUUCAUUAGAAGGACUGGCAUGGCAGUUCGCUGAACACGCUGAAUCAGUUGGAGAUGAAGAAUUAUUGACCGUCGCUGCUCAAAUACUAGGAAUGUUUGGUCCUCUCAAUCCGAAUAUUUCUGCAUUUUUCUCGCCCAUAGAUCGCCAUGUCAAACAAAUGAUGGAUAAAGACUUUGACGAGAGCAAACUAGCUGGAGAAGCUCUGACUAUGAUUUCAGAUUUGACAUGUUCUCAUAACUCAGACACUGUCAUCGGUUCUAUGCGUACGGCUCGAUUAAUUCUCGGAUCUAAAGCUGCUUUGGAGGCUUUGAAAGGACUUGAUCCGAUGACGAAAGAAUAUCUCCAACCGUUUGUCCAACAAACCGAGAAAGGUGCGCUAGUUGCACAAGACAAGUACGACCGUGAGAUUGACAAAGCGCUUUGUAACGAGAAUAGUGGGCAAAUGUUUUCUUUGGAUUCUCCGGCAUUGUGGGCACCUGCAAAUCGAUAUCAAGAAAGUCCAAAGAGCGGGGCAGAGAUGAAAAAGCGCCACGGUGAGUGGAUAUGUAGGUUGGUCUCGACAUUAAUACCACACUGCAAAUCUCCAUUUCUGAAACUGUGUCGUAUCACGGCAUUCAAGAAUGCGGAAUUGGCAGAGCUGAUUUUCCCUGCAGUCUUAGCUGAUAUAGCCGAAAACCAUCCUGAGCGCAAAGACACAAGUUCGGCGGAAGAGGCUCAGAACCAUAGACUCAUAUCGAUAGGCGUUUCGCGCUGCUUGCAGGAUGCAGCAGAUAUGAACGGUAAACGUGCAUGUCAGACGAUGCUGAAAGCUUUGGAUAGUAUAAGAGCUCGACGUGCAAGAGCGCUUGUCACAUUAGACUCGGGUGGUGGUGGUGGUCGGAAGAGUAUGGGAGGUAGAAAAGCAUCCAAAGGAACACCGCCAGAGAGAUGGACGCAUGCGUAUUGGGUAAAUGUAGACUAUUUAGAUGCUGCCGAUGCGGCGAUUACUGUUGGUGCACCAUUCACCGCGACACUCCUGGUUGAGGCUUGGCUUGAGCAUACUAGACAGACUGUAAAGCUGGAUCAACACGAAAGCGUUGAUAAAAAGGAUUCGGUCAACGGAGUACCGCGACAUCUUCGAAUAUUGAUCGAAGCACAAGAAUGCUUGAACGAACCGGACGGUAUGCACGGUCUGAAUAGAACUAACGCGUUGCAGUUACAAUUAAGAUUGAGCGAGCAUGAAGGUUCGUGGGCACAAGUACUGGCGGGACAUGAUUUGAAUUGUAGAAUAAUUGCUGCCAGUAGCAGGAAUAACAAUGGACGGCGCGUGCGAAAGAGGGGUGACUCUGAGUACGUGAAAUCUCAAGCAAGAAUUAUGAAGUCACUUAGGCGUUUAGGAUGUUUGCACACUUUGGAUUUAUAUGCCAAAUCACUCAGCUCUGAUGUUGAGGCAAUUAGGCCAGAACUUGCAGAAGCGCAGUUUGAAGCUGCUUGGCGAUCUGGGCAAUGGGAUUUAAGUCCUGAGUUCUUGCAAGGAGAGAUUACGAACAACGAGGCUGCUAAAGAGGGACAUCAUGAUAACGAUUCCAGGGUUGAUUCUGCAGUACUUUCUCUUACACUUGAUGGCAAGUUUCAUAAGGACGUACACUCUUCGUUGAGAGCACUAUCAAGUGGCGAUUUACAAGUCGCCUUUUCUCUUGUUCAAGCUGCUGGAUCCAGACUUGUUCGCAGCUCAGUAGCAGAAUGUCCUGAAUCGGCAGACACGAUGAAUAGAAUUAUUAUUCGUUUACGGUCACUGCAUGAUAUUUACAACUCGUUGGUUCUGUGUAAUAAUGUCAAACAGGAUCCAGAACUUCUAGACGAACAGCUGAAGUGCUUGGAGGAAGAAUGGUCGAGGACACUACUUGUAAACUAUUCAUCUUUGGGAGGAAAGACUGAUAUGGAAAAUAUCACUCCGUAUUCAAUCUCAGAACCUCUUCUGGCGGUUCGAGGAACAAUUUUAAGAGCCUUCGGGUAUAAGGAAGCGCUCGCUAAACAGCUCCUGUUAACUGUCACGAUUGCUCGGAAAGCAGGUGCUUUUGAUGAAGCAUUGCAAGCUGUUAGGGAACUUCGUCUAGUUGCGGAAACAACACCGAGACCGAGCGACGCAAAAAGGUGCAGUAAUUCAGUUCUGCACUCCUCUCUCGCAACUUGGAAGGUAGAAGAAGCUAAGUUAUCCUGGGCAAUGGGAAGGAAGACCGCGGCUAUUGCACUUGCAAAGUCUUUAAUCGAAGGAUAUUCGCCCAAGAUCAAACUUGCGCGACUACAGAACGAAGUAUGCGAUGAAGCAGGACAUGUUGCACAUUUACCCCCUACAAUGAAUUCUGCUCCCGAUAUUUUCUUUGAAGUUUUGACACUUUUAUCGAAAUGGCAGCAUCAAACACGAUCUGAAUCUUCCAACCAGGUAUACGCUCAAAUGUUUUCUGCCGUUCGUGGGAUGACAAAAAGUGUUCGAACAGCAGAUGUGAAGAAUAAUAGGAAGAUUGCAAAGGCAUACUUUCGCUUGGCGACAUUCGCAUAUUCUCAAUACAAGUCUAUAGACGCCCGAUUGAAAAGUACAGAGUGGCUAAAGCAGGAGGAACUCAAGAGACUGAACGAGGAAGAAUACUUUCGCCUCGAGCAACAACUCAGAACGACUCGGGACAAUGUUGCGAUGAGAAGUUCCAACAAAGCGAAAUGGGAACAAGAAGUUCGUGAACUAACUCGCAAAGUACAACCUUUGCACACGCAAGUCACCGCAGACUGUGAAGAAUCUACUACAUUAGUUUUAAGUUUAGACAAUUGGUUAGUCUUGACCAUUCAAAACUACCGCAGGAGCUUAAAUUGCGGAGAUUUUUAUGUUCGAAGAGCAGUUUUUCGAUUUUUCGAACUGUGGAUAAACAACUGCGGAGGAAGUUCGGACAGAAGUCGUGAAUACAGCGACGACGUUGCUCCUAUCUUGAACAGUGAGAUCCGAAAAGUAAUUGAUACGGUCCUGACCCACAAUUGGCUCGAGCUGACUCAUCAGAUUGUUUCCAGAUUAGGAGUCGAUGGCGUCGACGAAUCGUACAUGCAGAACAUGACAGAUCUGGUCAUGAAAAUGGCCUCUGAUCAUCCAUACCAUGUUUUAUACCAUGUAUUUGCUCAGAUGCGGUCCUCUGCUACUGAUGAUCCUAAAGUCAUAGUUGCUAACGAAAUUAUCGAGAGAAUUCGAAAUAAGGAUGGCAAAUUUAGGCCUAUGAUUGAGCAAAUGGAAAAGAUGAUCGAAGCGUAUAUUUUACUUGCGCAGAACCGCAUCGAUAAGAGCAAAUCGAGAAACCCGUAUCCUAUUCCAUCGCAAGUGAAGAAAAGGGCGCUGAGUGACUUAGAUUUACUACCCGUCUUAACGGCCGACGUGCCAGUCGACUUUGAUUGUGAAUACAAUCUCGCAAAUUCUGGUAUCGCAACUUUUCGGCACUUUGGUGAAAACUGCAGACUCGUUGGUGGUAUCAAUCAGCCUAAAUUAGUCGAGUGUUACGGAUCAGACGGAAAUGUUUACAAACAGCUCGCAAAAUCUGGCAACGAUGACUUGCGGCAAGACGCGGUCAUGCAGCAGUACUUCAAAUUGACCAACUCUUUACUGAAAACGACCCAAGGCGCACGAAAAUUACGCGUCAGGACUUACAAAGUAAUCCCAUUUACUCCGGAAGCUGGCCUUUUGGAAUGGGUCGACGAUACCAUGACACUUGCAAGUUACUUAGUCAACGGUGAAGGAGGCGUUCGAUCUGCUCAUGAGCGCUACCGACCAAACGAUUUGAAAUCAGAUAAAUGUCGAGAGAUGAUGAUGCAAGCAAUAUCCUUGAACAGCCUUCGCGCAACCUACGACGAAAUUUGUGACAAAUUCAAACCAGUCAUGCAUCACCUCUUCCUAGAAAAUUUUGCGUUACCAGCGCAAUGGCACGCUGCGCGAUUACAAUACACUCGAUCGGUGGCUGUGAAUAGCAUGGUUGGUUACGUUAUUGGAUUGGGCGAUCGCCACAAUUCGAACAUUUUGAUUGAUAACAAAACCGCUGAAGUUGUGCACAUUGACUUGGGCAUCGCGUUCGAGCAAGGUUUGUACUUAAAAACCCCAGAAAGGGUCCCUUUUCGGCUGACGAGAGAUUUAGUGGAUGGCAUGGGAGCGUGUGGAGUCGAAGGCGUCAUGCGAAGAUGCUGCGAAGAAACCAUGAAAGUUUUGCGGGCAAACAAAGAUGCUCUGACAACCAUCAUAGCGGUAUUAGUUUACGAUCCGAUCGUGAAAUGGGCAGUAAGCUCAAAACGGCAAAGAACCGGAGCGUCCGUCGAAGAAGCAGACGACGGUUUAGCAGCGCAAACCGGGAACUUGGAUGCCGAGCGCGCUUUGCUUCGCGUCAAGCAAAAACUUGACGGCUACGAGGAAGGCGAAAUCCGUUCCGUCGAAGGUCAAGUACAGCAGCUCUUGCACGACGCGCAAGAUGAAGAGAAGUUAUCCAAGAUGUAUCACGGGUGGGCUGCUUGGGUUUAA